UUGAAAAUAGAGUGAACACAAGUUUUUUAUUUCCACCCAAUGAAAAACUAAGAACAUAGAUACGAGAUCGAUGCUACUACUUUAGAAUAAAGUCAAUGGAUAAAAUCAGGAAGAGAACUAAAACUCAAGUCAAGGUCAAGCACUUCGGAAGGCAACAGUGCGCAAGAGUAUGUAACAGUGACACCAAUAUACCGGAAAAGGAUGCUUCUUCUAAAUGAUGAAGCCAAACCAAAAAAUGUGACACCAACAUUAGACUUCCAAAAGAAAAACUAUAAAAUAUGCCAAACAGCACUUGUAUUGUCAUUCCAAAAUACCAAAUUGAUAAACCAAUAGGACACAAUGAUUGAACUUUGAUCUUUUUGCAUCUCCGAAAUAUUUGCAAGCUCUUUUUUCUUCUUUUUUUAUAGUAGGCUCGUUUUUUCUUUUUUACUUCAUUUGUAGACAACUUCAUCAUAUGCACAUCAAAUAGGCCAAAUCGUUAAAAAACCAUAGUGUUUACCAUCCCUCCCUUUCGAUCAUAUGAUAAAUAAGGAAAAACUGGAAGAUUGAACUCAUGAUCGAUCAGCUCACCAAUGGUAUGAAACUGAAGACUGAAAAUCAAUCCCACCACACAUCUUAGAAGCAAAGUUGCUUGUCAUUUCUAUUUUUCAUCAUUUUUCAUUUAGAUCAUAAAGCUCAAAUUAUACCAUCUCAAUUUUAGAUGAUAAAGCUCAUAUUAUGAAUAAAGAAUUCAAAUUGCAGAUGAAUGAAUAAGCUGAAACAUCUCUCAAGUUUGCAUUAUGAAUUGCAUUUCAUCAAAUGCACGUGUCAUCCCAAGAGUUACAUUUUGAAUAGAUAUUAUACUUGAGGGUCAUUGAAGCUAUACUUUACCAUACCUUUUUUACUCUCUGAAUAAAUAAUUCAUAUUGUAACUCCAAGGCUCAAACAUAUCAUUUAGGAUCACUAAUGCUUACAUUUAACCAUUCUAGUUAUGUGAUGUGUUUAUGCCAAAAGAGGUAGGCGGAUGUCAAUAACUCUAUAAUUUGAGUAUAUUUAUUCCAAUGGAAGAAUGCUCCUUUUAUAGGAGAGUCGAGAAAGUUCAUAAAGACACACUCCAAAAAUUAAAGAGUGAUUUAAGGAAUUAAAAUAAAACACAACAGCAGCCAAGUAAAUGCAGUAAUUAGUAAGUGUGUUGAAUUGAAGUCCACAUUCUAAUCAGGAUUCAAGUACCCCCUUAAACCAGAAUAUAAAACGUAUAUACUUGACUAAGUAUAGAAGAAUAAAAACAAAAUAGAAGCCAAGCCCAUCUUUUAAGCCAGGAUAUAAAAAUGACUGGCUGCAAAAUUUAGCAAGAAUUAUCCAUGUGAUUAUAUAUACCAUAUAAGUCAAACUAAUUUAGCAAGAUUUAUUCCGGCAAUAUAAAAAUGACAUACCAUCAGCCAAGUAGCACCCUGUAUUAUCACUCCAUAGAACCAUAUUGAUAAACCAAGAAGACACGGUGACUGAACUUUCAGCUUUUUGCGCUGAUCUAGUGCCAGAAAUUUAACUUCAACAUCUUCCUCCAUAAUAUUUGCAAGCUCUCUUUUUACUUGAUUUAAAUACAACCUUAUCAUAUGCCCAUCAAAUAGUCCAAAUUGUUAAAAACCAGUGUCUACCACCCUUCCAUUUCUAUUAUCUGAUAAAUAAAGACAAACUGGAAGAUGGAACUCAUGAUCAGUUACAUCAUCAAUGCCUUGAAUCAAUUUUAGAUUGCAAAUAAUUAAGUCAUAUCACAACUGCAGAUGAAUGAAGAGGCUGAAACUUGUCUUAAUUUUGCAUUAUGAAUUUCAUUUCAUCAAGGCACAUACCAUCCCAAGAAUUAAAUUUUGAAUAGAUAUUGAACUUGAAGGUCAUGGAGGUUACACUCUACCAUCUAAAUCCAGGACCAUCAAAAUGUUGAAAGAAAAAACAAUCAAAAUUUUGUAGGUAUAUAGGUGGAGUGCUUUCAAGUGAUUGGAUGGUGAAAUCAAUUGGCAUAAACUUGUAAAAUAGCACCGUACUCAUUGGCAAUUUGAUAGCACCUCAGAAGUUGGUAUCCUAAUAGUCAAAGCAGUGAAUAACUCUUUCCCUUUCUGCAGUUACAGUUCUUUGUGACUUAGAACAAUAGAAAACAGAAAGGAGAUCUUGAGGUUUAGAGCAUUUUGUAGUGCCAGAAGGAGAAACAAACCACAUUUUUUCUGCGAAGAAAAACACAAGCAUUUUUGCACAACUUAAUUCACCUGCACAUAGUUGUAGCUCUAUAUACCAAAAUAAAACUUAAUUUUGUAUAUAGAUGCAAUUAAAUCACAUUAUUUAUAAUGAUGAUCCCCCACUUUUUAGUUGCACAGUACUUUGUUUAGUCUCAAUUAUUUCUAGAGAUCAAAAUUUUCAAAUUCCAGGACUUAUCGUAAGGUUUUACUUUUUUUUGGCUUUUGGAGUUAACCAUUUUACCUUGCAAAGAAUCAUAUCUCUUUGCUUUCACCAUAUCAUAUUUUGCACUCUUUGCACUUUACUAUGUAGUACUGAUGAAGCAGUUAGUUAGAACAAAAAAAUCAAUCACCAUACACAAUUUGAGUUAAAGGAAAGUGGACUUUAUAUAGCCAUCAAGGCAACAUAUAACCAUCUAAGAAUUUAUUUAGUCCAAUAAAAAAUGGACUUUAAGGGUCAUCGAAGCAACAUAUAUCCAUCACAUAUAUAGCCAAUAGAAAUUGGACUUAAUUGAGGCAACAUUUAUCCACAUAUUGAGGCAAGGGUCAUCAAGGCAACAUAUAACCAUCUAAAAAUUUAUAUAGUCCAAUAAAAAUUGGACUUUAAGGGUCAUCGAAGCAACAUAUAUCCAUCACAUAAUUUAUAUAGCCAAUAGAAAUUGGACUUAAUCGAGGCAACAUUUAUCCACAUAUUGAGGCAAGAUUGGACUUAAGGGUCAUCGAAGCAACAUAUAUCCAACACAUAAUUUAUAUAACCAAUAGAAAUUGGACUUAAUCGAGGCAACGAAAAACCUUUUAAGUACAAUAAUAGCACCAAGUGUUAUUUUUACCCAAGGCUUUGCGACUUCGGGUCUUUUAACCAACAUUUAUCUACAUAUUGAGGCAACAUUUAGAUUGUGGGGACUUUUAAAAGAUGAAUUAAAUAUCCCGAGUAAUCAAAGUUAACACAGAUUGCUUCAACCCCACCCGCUGUGCAGAAAUCAGAUUAUCAUGAUCAGACAGCUCACAUUUUAUCUGUUUAGCUUGACUCAAAUCACAGUUGAAAUCUGAGUUGUUUUAUUUUGGUCGAACCAAUCUGUGAUUGCCACAAAUAUAGGAAAAUGGGACUGCAGAACUGUACUUCAUAGGUAAACCAGAUGUGCAACUUUGAUGUAGCGGUCAUGUUCCUGUAAUAUAUUACCAUAUGGUAUCCAAGUUUUAAUUUCCAUUUUUCACCCUCCUUUAUAUUUUCUUCGUUUGAAUGUUCAGUGGAAUAAAUAGUAGUAAACGCCUCAACGUGUUCUGGAGACUGCACAAACUGGUCCAAUAUACUUUCAUUUUCUCCUUAAGUUUAGCCCAAAGGAAAACUAUGAGUUGUUUGGUAGGAAAUCUUGGACAGUUUGUUUGUGACUCAACCUACCUCGAAGUAGGCCAUUGAGUUCAACCGAUAAAGAACUUGAAAGGCGCAAGUUUUACUUUCUUCUACCAAUGGAGCUGCUAUACUCUCUGACAACCCAUGAAGAAAUGAGCUCUCUUAACUACAAAUCAGCAAGGGAAACUAAGCAUUAGAGUUUCAACAAUUUGGGAAAAAUAUUUCCUAUUUUUAGUGAGUUCUGUAUGUUCCCUUAGGAGGCAAAGAAAAUAUUAGAAGCUGAUAAUCAGGUGCCUCUAUUCUCCUAGCUUUAUUAAUAUGUCACAUAAAAACUUAAUUUAGAAAGCAAGUAAAAUAAACUCUGAUGAUUAGCAUACAGCAAACAUAAAUGUAAGUGUAACACCAACAUGAAAAAAUGCAAACCAACUUGCAGUGGCUUGGUGUAACAUUGUAUUUCUUAGAACAAUUUGAACUCCAAACCAGGUUGCAAAUUAACGAGCAUAAUAAUGUAAAACUAUCACUUUGUUAAGAGUUAGAAUGGUCUGUCAAAAAUAGACUCAAGGGUCAUUGAAGCAACAUAUAUUCAUCACAUAAUUUAUAUAGCCAAUAGAAAUUGGACUUAAUCAAGGCAACAUUUAUCCACAUAUUGAGGCAAGGGUCAUCUCAGAAUUUAUAUAGUCCAAUAAAAAAUGGACUUAAGGGUCAUCGAAGCAACAUAUAUCCAUCACAUAAUUUAUAUAACCAAUUGAAAAUGGACUUAAUCAAGGCAACCUUUAUCCACAUAUUGAGGCAACGGUCAUCAUGGCAACAUAUAACCAUCUAAGAAUUUAUGUUGUCCAAUCAAAAAUGGACUUAAGGGUCAUCGAAGCAACAUAUAUUCAUCACAUAAUUUAUAUAACCAAUAGAAAUUGGACUUAAUCGAGGCAACAUUUAUCCACAUAUUGAGGCAAGGGUCAUCAAGGCAACAUAUAACCAUCUAAGAACUUAAUUAGUCCAAUAAAAAAUUGACUUAAGGGUCAUCGAAGCAACAUAUAUCCAUCACAUAAUUUAUAUAGCCAAUAGAAAUUGGACUUAAUUGAGGAACCAUUUAUCCACAUAUUGAGGCAAGGGUCGUCAAGGCAACAUAUCACCAUCUCAUAAUUUAUAAAGUCAUCGAGUAAGGGUCAUCAAUAGCUUAAAGAUAGCAUUUCAAAAUUCCAAUAAUGAAUAAUAACUGGAUGUAAGAGUUGAAUAGACAUUUAACCAUUUUGAUCCGAAUUUACAUCAUACAAAAACUUUCAGCAAGCUAGCACAUUUUGCAAUAUUGCAUUUGCAUCAUCAAAAAAUAAAUUAUACCUCCCCAUAUUUAUGAAUAGAAAUUUAUAAUUCAAAAUGCAUUUAGCUCACCUAACCAACUUGGUUUUUCUUUUCAAGUAGAAGCUUAGAUGUUCUUGAAUAAUCAAGAAUCCGAACAAGGUAUCAAUCAUAAAUAAACCAGUAUGUUGCAAUGAAAAAAAUAAUCUUUCAAAACAUUGGUGUUAAACAGAGUUUUGGGACAUAGCAUGUUUCCUCAAUUAAAGUGUUUUCUUUUUUCUUGCAGAAGAUUGAACAAUUUUUAAUCAUCAAGAAUGUAAAAAAUGGUACCUUUUUCAUGCAUAAAAUUGAAUCAUCAAGACAUCUCAUCCAUACUGACAGAUUUAACUUAUCCCCAAUUGAAUAUUGUUAACAAACACUACUUAGUUAAACUAAACUUAUCUGAAUUGAACCAAUUUUACAAUAAUAACUUACUUUAUACGAAGAACCAAAAAGAAUAGGAUGUAAAAACGGUACCUUUUUUAUGCAGAAAAUUGAAUGUUGUUUCUUUAAGAAAUUGUUGCUUUUUCUUUGAUCAUUCUCGACAAGACAUCUGCUUGCUUUGUGUUCCAAUCCGCCGCACCUCUUUUCGCCGGAAUUUUACAUAAGACGACGGAGUACGCAUUUCUUGACGACUCAACAAUUUCUUCACUCUUUGAGACACAUUUUUCAUCAUUAUCAACACGCUCAAUUGAGUUACUCAUCUCCAGUUUUAUGAGGCUUGUCGAUUCUGCUAGGAUUUGAAGCAAUCGGUGAAAGUGGAUUUGGGAUUAGGGUUGAGUUUGGGAUUAGGGUAACUCAAAUACGUGUUUCGGUAAUGAUAAAAGGCGCGUCGUUAUAAAGCUAUCCCAAGUUUGGGAUUGGGCUUUUGUGUUUUAGUUGCCCAAGCUCAUCGGCCCAGUAUACAGUUAUUUAAGCCCAUUGUAAUUAAUGCUAUACUAGCGGCCCGUUUUGCGCCAUAGUGAGAUUGUUCAAUCGGUGGAGACAGAACCAUUGUCUUCUUCUUCCUCUUUCAAUUGUGAAUUAGGGUUCACACUCUUUCAACAAAGAUGAAGAUUCCCCGACAAAACAACAAGUCUUCUUCUAGAGUUGUUCGCUACGAUCCAUAUGCAUUGGCGUUUCUUAAGGCAAUACAAGUUACGUUUAAAGAUAAGAAGGAAAAACAUAAUGAGAUUGUGAAACUCGUAAAAGAUUUCAAGGCUAGAGGUAACUCCUCAACAAAAAGAAUGAAGGAGUUGCUUAAAGGGCAUACAAAUUUAAUUUUGUUAUUCAACACCUUCAUGCCAAAGGAACAUCGAAUCACACUUUCAUCUCAUCUUGAGCUUCCAUGGGAUGUGCUUGAUAUCAUUAUCAAAAAAUUAGAUUUUGAUGAUCUCUUUCAGUUUGCUGGUGUGUCUAAGAAUUGGAGGGCUUUUCAUAAAAUUUAUUGGACAAAUUUCUUGACCUCUCAAAAACCAUUACUUUUUCAAUUUUCGAUGGGUGGUCUUAAAGAAUUCUUUUCCUUUAUUAGCAUAUCCGAGCAAAAAGUUUAUUGCUUCAAGAUGAAGUGCUUUGGCUUCCAUAUUAUGUUUUCUAGCGGAUAUUUUAUCAUGGUGGAUUCUGAUCAUUCAUUUCUGCUAAUUAAUCCGUUUACAAGAACAAAGAAGGUAAUUCCCUCUAAAAUUGAAUCCAUGUUUUACCUUAAUUCUGCCCUACUUGCUUUUGCCAAAUGCUCUGAGGAAUUUGUCUUAGUGGUUUUAUUAUGCAAUUUUCAUUUGAAAGUUUAUCAAUCUAGAAAUCGUGGUUGGGUUACUUAUUCAAUAAUAAAAAAUCUAGGUCGUGUUGUUGACUUUGUGGUUUUACAUAAUAUAAUAUAUGUUAUCACUGAGAAGGCCAAUAUAGGAGUGCUUAACUUGAAUUCUUCAAAUAUUAGAUAUCUAAAACUGAAGAGUACUCCCAAUGUAAUUACCUCACACCUUAGCUUGGUUAAUUGUGAUGAGCAACUUUUAGUGGUUGAUUUUGAUUUUACCUCCAAGACAAUAAUGAAUGUGUACAAGAUAGACUUCUCAACCAUGAAUUAUGUCAAACUUGAGAGUUUGGGCGACAUUGCAUUAUUUCAUGUUUGGGAUCCUCUCAAGAGUAAAUGUUAUGCAUUAAGCAACCCAAAUAGGUGGGGAUAUGAGAGCAACUCUAUUUAUGCACUCAACCAUGAGUCUACAAUUUGUAGUGUGUCUACAUUGGAUGAUAAAAAAUUGCAAAAAUGCAUUACCCUUCCAGCUCCUCGUGGAACAAGUUUCAGCAUGGUUGAUUGGUGUUUUAGACAUCUAAGAUAUGAAGUAGAUUAUUCUCUAGUUAAAUAACUCGCAUAUAGUACACGGUGUUACUUGUGUAAUCUUUGUAUUUCGACCUAAUUCCUUUUUGUUUCCCAAUGAUUUGACUAGAAUAAAAAAACCUAUAAUAAUUAGCAAUUUCAAUAUUAGAUAAGUAUCGAGAUAAAACAAUACAUUGUUAUGUACUCCCUCCGUUUUUUUAUAAGUAUCUAGUUUCAUCAGAUUUAGCGUUUCUAAUUAACUUUUUAGUUUGUGUGUUUUAAGGAUGCGAUUUGUCAAUUAUACCAUUUGUCAAUUAUUUUUAUCUUUUUCAAUAAUUUUUUAUAUAUAUUUGAAAAACUAAGUUUUUUUUAAAAAAAAAAAGAAGAAGAAG